UGCAGCCCCCAGAUCGAGAAAAGGAGGGAGCGCGAGAGGCACCAGAGCGCCGAGCGAGCGGGGCAGAGCGCCAUGCGCCGCGCCAGCCGAGACUACAUCAAGUACCUGCGCGGCUCUGAGGAGAUGGGCAGCGGCGGCUCCGGCGCCCCGCAUGAGGUCCCCCUACACGCCCCGCCACCGCCGCCACCCUCGUCGCACCCGCCCCCCGCCGCCUCCCGCUCCAUGUUCGUCGCCCUCCUGGGGCUGGGGCUCGGCCAGGUCGUCUGCAGCGUCGCCCUGUUCCUCUACUUCAGAGCGCAGAUGGAUCCUAAUAGAAUAUCAGAAGACGACACCGACUGCUUUAAGAGACUUUUCAAACUCCAUGAAAAUUCAGAUAUGCAAGACAGCGCUCUGGAGAGUCAAGACGCAAAAUUAAUCCCUGAUUCGUGUAGGAGAAUUAAACAGGCCUUUCAAGGAGCUGUGCAAAAGGAAUUACAACAUAUUGUUGGAUCACAACACAUCAAAGCAGAGAAAGCUAUGGUGGAAGGUUCCUGGUUAGACCUGGCUAGGAGGGGCAAACCUGAUACUCAACCUUUUGCUCAUCUCACUAUUAAUGCCACUGACAUCCCUUCAGGUUCUCACAAAGUGAGUCUUUCCUCUUGGCACCAUGACCGAGGUUGGGCAAAGAUCUCCAACAUGACUUUCAGGAAUGGGAAACUGAUCGUUAAUCAAGAUGGCUUUUAUUACCUGUAUGCCAACAUCUGCUUUCGGCAUCAUGAAACAUCAGGAGACCUAGCCACGGAGUAUCUUCAGCUGAUGGUGUACGUCACUAAAACCAGCAUCAAAAUCCCGAGUUCUCAUACCCUGAUGAAAGGAGGAAGCACCAAAUACUGGUCUGGAAAUUCGGAAUUCCAUUUUUAUUCCAUAAAUGUUGGAGGAUUUUUUAAGCUACGAUCUGGUGAAGAAAUAAGCAUCCAGGUAUCCAACCCUUCCCUACUAGAUCCAGACCAAGAUGCAACUUACUUUGGGGCUUUUAAAGUUCGAGAUAUAGAUUGAGCCCUGUUUUGUGGAACGUUAUCAUGUAUUUCCUAGGAUGUGUGUAAACUUUUUUUAAAAAAAGUAAGCCAAGAGAGAUGUAUAUAGGUGUGUGAGACUACUGAGAGGUAUGGCCACAAUGGUACAAUAAGACUCUCUAUCCACACUCUUGACCUUGUAGAGAGCAUAUGUAUUUACAGCCAAUGAGAGAUGUUGGACUCUAGGUGUGUUCCAGUCUAAAGGCUUUCUUACUUACACAAUGGUUUUUAAAUUUUGUAAUGAAUUCCUAGAAUUAAACCAGAUUGCAGCA